AGUUAGGCAGCCCGGAGUGGCAGUCUCACUCUCUGAUUUCUCGGCAGCAGGAGGCUGGCCCAUCUGCCCGCACCACCGGAGUCCUACUGCGGCCGCUCCUCUCCGAGCCCGGCAGACUGCUCGUCACCCCCGCUAGUUGGGAGCUUCAUCGCCGAGUGUGUCACAAGCCCUGAGGUGGGCACCGAACACCCCUGUGUGUACCAAGCGGGAUGUCGUUCGGACAGUCGCGCUAAGUGACCCCACACCGGGCACAGAGCACUCUAGCUCCCGGGCCACCGUCUGAGAGGCGGUGGCGGAGGGGAUGAGCACCGGACGCGCAAAGCGCCUGCAGCGAGCUAUCCCCGGGAGGUGGACGCCGAGCAGGGCUCCUCGCAGGACUGUGCGGAUCUUUACCUCCCCCGGCACGAGGUGGCGAAACCUUCCCGCUGCGCCCCCGGUCAGGAUGCUCAGGGCGCCCCCCUGCUGAUGAGAUGUUCCCUUAAGCGGCUGUGUCACACGCAGUCCGGGUCUCAGGUGGGCACAACUGAGUGGGCCCGGCUUCGGUUCCUCGUGCAGGUGGAUGAAAAGUGCCGGAGGCCUUGUAUGGGAUCAGCGAUCAAAUUUUAAGAGCCAUGGACGAAGGGGCAGUGCAGUCCGGGGGCCAAGAGCAGCUGGAGGCACCUGAGGCGGUAGGAGCUGUCCAGGAGAAGUGUGAGUCAGAGACCAUCAGGUCUAAGAGUUUACCGGUCCUGCACAGCGCCUCCUGCCGGCGGAAUCUCAGUGCUGGGAAUGCAGAUGGCGAACUGGCCUGGGGCUGCCCUGAAGCUUUGGGUCACCUGGAGAUGUAUGGAGGGCAGAACUUGAUAGUCCCUAGCCCUUCUGCCCCAUCCACUUCGGCAAGGGCUACAGCGGAAGUCAUGGACUGUAACCAUAGGAUGGACCCCAGCAAAACGUUGUCAGUGUCUUCUACUCUGGCCACACUCCAGGAGAGAAGGUGUCUCUACGUGGUCCUUACCGAUUCUCGCUGCUUCCUAGUAUGCAUGUGUUUUCUGACCUUCAUCCAGGCGUUAAUGGUCUCUGGGUACCUGAGCAGUGUCAUCACAACCAUUGAAAGACGCUAUAGCCUGAAGAGUUCCGAGUCUGGGCUGCUGGUCAGCUGCUUUGACAUAGGGAACCUGGUGGUGGUGGUGUUCGUCAGCUACUUUGGUGGCCGUGGGCGAAGGCCUCUGUGGCUGGCCGUGGGUGGACUUCUUAUAGCUGUCGGGGCUGCGCUCUUCACCUUACCUCACUUCAUCUCGCCUCCCUACCAAAUCCAAGAGUUGAACGCGUCGACCUCCAACGACGGCCUUUGUCAGAAUGGCAACUCCACGGUCACUUUGGAGCCUCCUCCCUGUCCCAAGGACUCAGGAGGAAAUAAUCACUGGGUCUAUGUGGCUUUAUUCGUUUGUGCACAGGUUCUCAUUGGAAUGGGCUCCACACCGAUUUACACCCUGGGACCAACAUAUUUAGAUGACAACGUCAAGAAAGACAACGCAUCCUUGUACCUAGCCAUCAUGUACGUCAUGGGAGCACUUGGUCCUGCAGUAGGAUAUUUACUAGGUGGGCUACUCAUUGGUUUUUAUGUCGAUCCCAGAAAUCCUGUUCUCCUUGAUCAGAACGACCCUCGUUUCAUCGGAAACUGGUGGAGUGGAUUCCUCCUUUGUGCCAUUGCCAUGUUUCUUGUGAUAUUCCCAAUGUUUACUUUUCCAAAAAAGCUUCCGCCUCGACACAAGAAAAAGAAAAAGAAAAAAUUUUCUGCUGAUGUCGUUAGUGAUGAUGAUGUCAUCAAGGAGAAAUCGAACACGAGUGAACAAGUGAACAAAAAAGUUUCUUCAAUGGGCUUCGGAAAGAAUGUCAGAGACCUACCAAGAGCAGCUGUCAGGAUCUUAAGCAACAUGACAUUCCUUUUUGUGAGUUUGUCAUACACAGCUGAGAGUGCCAUUGUCACUGCUUUCAUUACCUUCAUCCCCAAGUUCAUCGAGUCACAGUUUGGUAUCCCAGCUUCCAAUGCCAGCAUCUACACUGGUGUCAUCAUUGUCCCCAGUGCCGGUGUUGGCAUUGUCCUGGGAGGCUACAUUAUAAAAAAAUUGAAGCUUGGUGCAAGAGAAUCUGCAAAACUAGCCAUGAUCUGCAGCGGGGUGUCUUUGCUGUGCUUCUCAACCCUGUUUAUUGUUGGAUGUGAGAGCAUUAACCUAGGAGGCAUCAACAUCCCUUAUACUACAGGGCCUUCUCUGACCAUGCCUCAUAGGAAUCUGACAGGGAGCUGCAAUGUUAAUUGUGGUUGUAAAAUACACGAAUAUGAGCCAGUCUGUGGAUCAGAUGGAAUCACAUACUUCAACCCAUGCCUGGCUGGCUGUGUUAAUAGCGGCAAUCUGAGCACAGGGGUUCGGAAUUAUACAGAGUGUGCCUGCGUCCAAAGCCGACAAGUGAUCACCCCGCCCACAGUGGGGCAGCGCAGCCAGCUCCGCGUGGUCAUUGUGAAAACCUAUCUCAACGAGAACGGCUAUGCCGUAUCUGGGAAGUGCAAACGCACCUGCAAUACCCUCAUCCCCUUCUUGGUCUUCCUUUUCAUAGUUACCUUCAUCACAGCCUGUGCCCAGCCGUCAGCCAUCAUAGUGACACUCAGGUCCGUGGAAGACGAGGAAAGGCCCUUUGCAUUGGGGAUGCAGUUUGUUUUGUUGCGAACACUUGCAUACAUUCCUACUCCAAUUUACUUUGGAGCCGUGAUUGACACCACCUGUAUGCUCUGGCAGCAGGAAUGUGGAGUGCAGGGGUCUUGCUGGGAGUACAAUGUGACAUCAUUUCGUUUUGUCUACUUCGGUUUGGCGGCUGGCCUCAAAUUUGUUGGCUUUAUUUUCAUUUUCCUGGCCUGGUACUCUAUCAAAUACAAAGAGGAUGAAUUGCAGAGGCGGAGGUGCAGAGAAUUCCCGCUGAGCACUGUGAGUGAGCUAGUGGGCCAGCCCAACAAAGCUGAGAAAUACGCCCGGACUACAUCAUGCCCAGCCUUCAGCACCCAGGGGGACUUCCAUGAAGAAACUGGUCUGCAAAAGGGAUUCCCAGGCACCACACAGACUUAUCCUGGGCCUUUCUCAGAAGCAAUAAGUUCCUCUGCAGACCCCGGGCUGGACGAGAACCCCAGUGCUGCUCUGUGACGUCCCUGCUGAAGCCUGGAAAGGGAAGACAUGUGUUGUUGGUUGAGUUGAAUAUGGCGAGUUGAGAAACACCUGUGCCUUCUAUAUUCUUUUUUUAAACCUCCACAGAUACAAUCCUCAAACCAACAAAACGCACUAUACACAGCCACUAUUGAUUGAGGGCUGGAUACCUCAACAAGACUGAAAGCCUUCCCCCUCUUUUGUCCAGGGAGGAGCUUAGAUACAUCUGUUAUCACUUCUGCUGUGUUCAUUUAAUGCUCAUGCACUGUUUGGUAGAAGCCUGAGGUCCAUGGUUAACCAUGGGAAAGGCUAUGACCACGCAUAUCAUUAGCAUACACUUCAGAGAAAGGUGAGCUUGGCCAUGACUUUGCAUGCUCAAGUCAGAGUUUUUAGAUUUGAACACCUACUGUGAGUUCUGCUCCAAAGCACAACUGAAUUUGCCUCAACUAUGCAAUUGGAUCGGAACAAUGGAAGUGUGGUAUGCCCCUUUGGCUUUCAGAGAAUAAAGCAGAUAUGUUUUUGAUAAUAGGAAGCUGAAUGUUUCCCUAAAGCACUGGUAAUAGCAUUUUAAGCCAUAGCAGACAUAUCAAUCAGGUAGAAAAAUUUCAAAUGCUUCAAAGAACUGUAUACACAAUGUAAUGAAUGAUCACAGAAUUUCCUGAGAUAUAGUUUUCUCUUAGUCUGUUUACUCCAUCAUAAGGUAGAUCAAGAGGCUGCUGAAUCAUACAUCUGGUAGCUUGAAUAUUUAAACUACAGUAUUCUUUCAUAAGGGGCUUUAAAACUAGUGUGCUAAACAAUAUGGCUAGAAACUGUAAUUUGAAAUGUUUAACAAGGAAGAACAUGAUGGCUUUAUCAUCUGAGAAAAUGGCUGUCAAAAUUCAACUCUGAAGAACCCACUGAAAGUAGCUAAGAGUUACUACUACUUUGACAUGAAAGUAGUUGAUUAAAAAUUUCCCAGGGUUAGAUUGAAUCCCUACUGGGGAUUUAUUUCACUUAUACCCUCAACAUACUGGCAAAUCUCUACUGAUUUUUUCUGAAUAGAAAAUGGCCGUGGUUGCUUCAGAAAGUGAAUAAUUCAGUCAGGAAGACUGUACCUGGGAUAUAACAAUCACUGUAGAGGAGAUGGGAGAUUUGUCAGCUGAACACAAAAUAAGAUCCUACAUUCAGUAAUGAGUUAGGAUGGUAUAGCAAAUGAGUCUACCGUACUGAGUCCUACUUUCUCAGAGCUGGCAUCAUUUCACAGUGCCCCUGUACUCAUAUCCUUCCUGCAGGGAUUCUGAGACUGGCUAUUUCCCUUCCUAAAGGCACCUUGGGUUCAUCGACAGUCAUUCAUGGACUGCACUAUCACUUGUCUUAGGCACUACUCAGGGUGCUUCCUGUAUGGAUCUUAAGAUGGAGGCCUCUUGACAGUGUUUAUGCAUUGAUGGAUGGUGACUCAUGGGAUCUGACUGCAGGGGACCAAAAGACGAAAUGUGUCAUAAAAUUGAGACCUCUCUGUCAAGCAACUUGUGUCAUGUAAAGUGAACUUGGGAAAUGUUUUCUCAUCUGGAAGAGAGAGGCUGGCAGACUGGCUAUGAUUUGGACUUUUGUACCUGCAUUCUUGGCAGGCCACACAAGCAGAGUUGUGAGAAUGUUCCUAGGUAUAGGAUUGAGUUCCUGUCCAUGCAGGAAGGCCACUAGUCAAGUGGUUUUCUGGAGACCCGGGAUUCGUGGAGGAGGCCUUCACUAUUAGACUGAAUAGUGUCUAUAAGAAACAAGAGAUUUUGUCCAGUGUGACAAACAUGAAAGAUUUUCAUAAAAAUAGUACAGAUUAGUCCAGGAUGUACUCUCGGGACUCCGUGUCCCUCUUUGCCAUCUGUAGAUGAUCUUAAACCUUUAGAAGGGAUAGGUUUCCUUUGGUGCCGAUACUAAGAUAUGUAGGUUUGGAAAGGUCAUGCUUUUUUGAUUUUUCUGUGAUAAAGAUUUUAAGAGGCUUCUGCUGGAAUUGGUCCCGGUUUGGUAUUAAGAUGGCUGGAUUCAUCAGGGGUAAUUAGAAAGGCCCUGAUCCCUUUCUCUUCCUUGAAUUAUGUUCAGCAACUGCUGCCUGGGCACCAGCUAUGUGUUGAUACUAAUUACUGCUCUAUGGAGUCCUUUGGGAUGCUAAGUCCAGAGCUCAAAGACAUUGACCUGGGAUGUGCACUACCAUUUGCGAAUAGAACUUCCUGAUAACUAUAAUAGCUGUUGGUGAAUGUGGAGUAAGUAGGGAAGGUCAUGAAGUUCUGGGUUAUGUACCAAUUAAGGAUUGCGCCCCACAUGCUUUGGGCUCUUGGUCGCAUCCUCAGAUGAUUACAUAGCCAGUAAGUUGACUCUUGUAGUUGUACAUAUAGAAGAGGUCUUCUAGUAACCUGGUUGUGUUACUUGUAGUCACAGCUCCUAACAGAGAUUUUAAUUGCUGCUUUCUGAGCAUGGGCUUUGAAUUACUUGUUUUGACAAGAGGACUCCUUGUUCUUCCUUCAGCUCUAUCAAAUAAUGUGUUGUUUGGCUUUAAUAUGCAAAUGCCAUAUUAAGCUCAUUGAUUUAGGAACUCCCAAGGGCUGAGGGAGGAGGGUGUUGGAGAACCUAUUUUGAUUUUCUUCCUUCAUGUGAUGUCUUGUUCCUUGGAGGUGGAGUUAAUGUUUAAAAAAAGAGUCAAAAGUCACUGGGCAUGCUGUGGGGGAUGGGGAGAAAGGGAAGUGAGGAGACAGAUUAGCAUUUGGUGUGGUGACUAUCUGCAGAAUAGUUUCCCAUCAUGCACCAUCCAUUUCGUUUCUCUCUUUAAGAACAUGCAAACACAUUCUUCAGCAGUGCUGGACUGAGCUCAUUUCUCCCUUGAACAGCAGGCCUGCCUUCUCUGGCGUGGAUUUUUGUACCUUUGUUAGUUUUUUAUAGAUUUGAACCCGAGACUCAAAAGUUGAAGCCAGUCUUUUAGGAUGGUGCCGAGUGUCUAAACUGUUCACUUACAAUACUUAAUACAGUUCAUGGUAAACAAAGGCAAAAAGCCCACUGUAAAGUAAGCUAGCACGUGUCACUUUUUGAUGUAGUAUUGUUUUUGAAGAAUAGAGACAGUCUUCAAAAUAGAGACAUUUCCUUGUAUAAACAGAAAAAAAAAAGCAUAGCACAUACCUGUGGGAGCAUCCACACUCAGUGUUUAACUAGAUUUUUCAAGGUAAAUUUCAUUUAUGUAGCCAAAUAUGAUAUUAAAACCAUCUGUUGUAACUUACCUCAAUGUUUAUUUAUAGGUUGUGUUUAAUUUAGGACACGUCCACUUUGGGUAUUAAUUAGGAUCUUAGCAGAAUUUCCUGAAAUGAAUUUUUAUGAAAAAAAUGAUUAGUUCUGAUUGAUUGUAUCUGAGCUUUGGGGGUUAUUUAUGUUUUUCUCCUGUCAGUAGAUUAGCAUUUUUGUUUGUAGACAACAAUGAGUUUUCAGAUUCUUAAUGAAGACUUUUAAAAGAACAUAGAAAAUAUAUACCAAGCCACCGACCCCAUCUGUUACCUCAAGUGGCUGUGACAGUAAACUGUAUCCUUGCACUCAGGGAAGCCAGCACCCGCAGAAGUUUCUAGAGUAGGGCUCCCAAGAAAUCCUACGUUUCACCAACCAUUCAAAGUUUCUUGUUUGGUCCACAAUUCUAGCUCACAGUCUUUAGUGAACUUUCAGGCAGGAAGUGUCUUUUUCUGUGUUUGAGGCUGCUUUGUAGAAAGAACCCCAUGUGCACCAAGGAACAGUAACACAGUGUGGAGGGGACCCAAAGGCCUUGUGGUAACUCUCCCGUGAGCCCUGGAGCAAGGCAAGCCCUUGCGUAUUGCGUGCAUGCGUGCGUGAGUGCGUGCGUGUGUGCGUGUGUGCGUGUGUGUGUGUGUGUGUGUGUGUGUGUGUGUGUGUGUGUGUGUGUGUGUGUGGUCAGAGGCGCAGAACGUGAAGGUAACCAUUGCUGCAUAGGUACAUGCUGAGUGUUCUAAGUAGCAGAUACUGUAACUCCUAGAAUAGCCUGGAAGCCAGCCUUGCUAAUUCUGGUCUCCAGACUUGUGAGUAAUCUUCUCAUGCCGGUGUUUUCUCUUCCAGGGGGGGAGGGGGCUGGCAGGAGAGGCUAGGUGCACUUUCUCAUGUGGCUCCUUGCUCAUCUCAUCUUUACUGGUGGCUGUAGUCUACUGUGCUGCCAGAAGCAAAGAUGCUGCUGCCAGCUUUGUCUGUCCCAGACUUCCUGCUGCAUUGCAACCAGAUUUGUGUUUGUUGGAAGAGGUUUAAUUUAAGCCCUUCGUUUUUACUCAGCCUUAAGGAGGGUCAAGGUGACCAGAAGCUCACCUUAUUGCUGUUGGCUUCGGCAACAUUAAAAAUAAAAUGCCUUGGUGCUAAAGUAUUAGAGAUGCAUGUUCCUCUCUGAAUUCAGUGUUUCAAGGAAAAGGGAUUGCAUGUGCUUUGUGUUUGGAAACCUGGGGAUUUUCCCAGAGAACGAGACACCCCCCCGGCUCUCAUUCCCAUCGUCACCAACUCUUCACUGCGAAAAUGAGAAGUGUAUGGGAGCAUCCUUUCCUACAGAAAAGUCAGUGCUCUGGAUAUUUAGCUUAGCAAGAAUAAACAGAUGUUAAAAGUAAUUUCAGAGAGAUAAAAACCUAUUUAGAUAAUCUUCUAUCUUCUCCAGGAAGCUUCCAGCCCUGUGAGCUGUUUUUGUUUUUGUUUUUGCAUUGGGCUUCGAUGCUAUCAUCUUUUACUGGUAGUCUACUAUACAUGUCAAAAGAGAAGAAGCAAAUGUUGUUGAAAACUGAGGUAAUGGUAAGGGUGUAUUAAAGGAAACUAAAGGGUAAGACUCGACAGUGGGCAUUUUUCUUAAAAUAUAUACCUCUACCCCAAAUCCAAAUGUUAAUCUAGGAGCAUGAAGCCCAAGUCAGCCUAUAACUUUGUAUGUAAGAAAAUGUGAAGCUGUGUCAAAUGUGUUAGGAUAUCUUCGCAGUAUAGUGUCUGUCUGUCUGUCAUCUGUCCGUCUGUCUGUACCUGUCUAUCCGUCUGUGUGUUUCUUUGUAGAGGCAUGUUUGUGAUGAAAGACUGCUUAGAGUUAUUAUGUAGAGUCUGAUACAUUGUGGUUUUUAGAACAAAUAUUUAUUUGGAGACCUGUUAUGGUAAUGUAAAGGGGUGUAUGACUUACUUCUUUAUGUUUAAUGAAAUUGUCAAAGGACAAAUAAACCUGGGUUUACAAUAUCACGAAUACUUGAUCAUUGAAAAUGAAGGGGAAAAAGCUGAAAAAAAAAUAAAGUGUGUUGGAUUGAAA